GGAGGCUUCUUGGUAACUGGUCCUAGCUUUGUGGGAGCAAUCGCCACUGCUUUCCUGGAACUUAAGAAGCACCAAUUUGUCUGCCUUUAUUGUUUUAAAAUCCUUAUAAGCUUGGUGAAUUUGAAUCAUUGUGGGAAAAAAGCAGGAUUUUGUAUACAAUACAGUGAUUCAACAAUUCUGUACAUUACUCAUUGGUCAUCACGUGAAUACAAUCAAAUUGCAUUUUAAAAUUUUGCUGAAAGUGGAGACAUGAGACUGAAGAUAUCUCUUUUAAAAGAACCAAAACAUCAAGAAUUAGUAAGCUGUGUGGGCUGGACUACGGCUGAAGAACUGUAUUCAUGUAGUGAUGAUCACCAGAUAGUGAAGUGGAACUUGUUGACCAGUGAAACAAGUCAAAUAGUAAAGCUUCCUGAUGAUAUUUACCCAAUAGAUCUUCACUGGUUUCCAAAAAGUUUAGGCAUAAAGAAACAAACUCAAGCAGAAAGCUUUGUCCUCACAAGUUCUGAUGUGUUGUCAGAGAAGGGUUGCAGUUUUGGAGUUCUUCUUUCUCUUCCAGUGUUUUUUCAUCAUACCCCCUCCCUCUCCUGUGUAGUGGUAACAUUCCAAAAGAGAUCCCUGAGAUCUGGUGGUAAAUUUCAUCUGAUUUCUAAGUUAGGAAGAGUGGAAAAAAGUGUAGAAGCUCACUGUGGAGCAGUUCUUGCAGGAAGAUGGAAUUAUGAAGGAACAGCAUUAGUUACAGUUGGAGAAGAUGGACAAAUAAAAAUCUGGUCAAAGACUGGGAUGCUGAGAUCAACUUUGGCUCAGCAAGGAACACCAGUAUAUUCGGUAGCAUGGGGCCCUGAUUCAGAAAAAGUUCUUUACACGGCAGGCAAGCAGCUGAUCAUUAAACCUCUUCAACCAAAUGCUAAAGUUUUACAGUGGAAAGCUCAUGAUGGCAUUAUUCUAAAAGUAGAUUGGAACUCUGUCAAUGAUCUGAUUUUGUCUGCUGGUGAGGACUGUAAAUAUAAGGUAUGGGAUAGUUAUGGCCGCCCUUUGUACAAUUCACAACCUCACGAGCAUCCUAUUACCUCAGUUGCCUGGGCUCCAGAUGGAGAGUUAUUUGCUGUCGGAUCGUUUCAUACUUUACGCUUGUGUGAUAAAACUGGGUGGUCAUAUGCUUUAGAAAAGCCCAACACUGGCAGCAUAUUUAACAUCGCAUGGUCAAUUGAUGGCACUCAGAUUGCUGGAGCCUGUGGAAAUGGGCAUGUUGUUUUUGCACACGUGGUGGAGCAACGUUGGGAGUGGAAAAAUUUUCAAGUAACAUUAACUAAACGAAGAACCAUGCAGGUUCGCAAUGUUCUUAAUGAUGCAGUGGAUUUACUGGAAUUCCGUGAUAGAGUCAUUAAAGCAUCUUUGAACUAUGCACACUUAGUUGUUUCAACGUCUCUUCAAUGUUAUGUGUUCUCUACGAAGAACUGGAAUACACCACUUAUAUUUGAUCUUAAAGAAGGAACUGUUAGUUUAAUUCUGCAGGCAGAAAGACAUUUUCUUCUUGUAGAUGGUGGUGGUAUCUAUUUAUAUUCUUAUGAAGGCCGCUUCAUUUCUUCUCCAAAAUUUCCUGGAAUGAGAACAGAUAUUCUGAAUGCACAGACUGUGUCUCUGAGUAAUGAUACCAUUGCAAUAAAAGACAAAGCUGAUGAAAAAAUAAUCUUCCUUUUUGAGGCAUCAACUGGAAAACCAUUAGGCGAUGGGAAGCUUCUUUCUCAUAAGAAUGAAAUUUUGGAAAUUGCUCUGGAUCAAAAGGGACUUACCAAUGAUAGAAAAAUUGCCUUCAUUGAUAAAAAUAGAGAUCUCUAUAUCACUUCAGUGAAACGAUUUGGGAAGGAAGAACAAAUUAUCAAACUUGGAACAAUGGUGCAUACUUUGGCCUGGAGUGAUACAUGUAAUAUCCUUUGUGGACUUCAAGAUACUCGAUUUACAGUGUGGUAUUACCCCAAUACGGUUUAUGUGGACAGAGACAUUUUGCCUAAAACAUUAUUUGAAAGGGAUGCAAGUGAAUUUAGUAAAAAUCCCCAUAUUGUGAGUUUUGUUGGAAAUCAAGUAACUAUAAGAAGAGCUGAUGGCUCACUGGUUCACAUCAGCAUAUCACCAUAUCCUGCUAUUCUCCAUGAAUAUGUAAGCAGUUCAAAAUGGGAAGAUGCUGUAAGACUUUGUCGCUUUGUUAAGGAGCAAACCAUGUGGGCUUGCCUAGCUGCUAUGGCAGUUGCUAACAGAGAUAUGACCACUGCAGAAAUAGCCUACGCAGCAAUUGGUGAAAUUGAUAAGGUUCAGUACAUUAAUUCUAUAAAGGAGCUUCCAUCUAAAGAAUCAAAAAUGGCUCACAUAUUAAUGCUUAGUGGGAAUAUACAGGAGGCUGAAAUGAUACUUCUUCAGGCUGGCCUUGUUUAUCAAGCAAUCCAGAUCAAUAUCAAUCUCUAUAACUGGGAAAGGGCACUUGAAUUGGCUGUAAAAUACAAAACACAUGUUGAUACAGUUCUUGCUUACCGUCAAAAGUUUUUGGAGACAUUUGGUAAACAGGAAACUAAUAAACGAUACUUGCAGUAUGCAGAAGGUCUCCAAAUAGAUUGGGAGAAAGUCAGAGCCAAAAUUGAGAUGGAAAUUACUAAAGAACGAGAGCGAUCAUCAAGCAGCCAGUCCAGCAAGAAUACAGGUCUAAGGCCCUAAAUUUCUUGCUUACCUCGAAGAAGUUUUACCUUUUGAAACUAAUUCUGAUUAAUCAAGGAUUAUCAUAUUUUCAGUGCU